GCGCAUUGCCAUCGCUACUUGCAAUCCAAUCCUCUGCGCCGACUGCAUUUUCUAUGCGACCCGUGACUUACUCCGCAUUGACUUUUCCACCUCUAAUUGCUCAUAACAUGUUCUUUGCGGGCCAUAGAUCGACUCGCUGACAAAUGGCCUACUUAAGUUUGUCUGACGGAUUAGUAGUCGCCCGUCAAGCAGGGAAGUCUGUAUCGAUAUGCGCCCGUUCGAGCCUCGCGGUGUGUCGUGGGAUAUCACGGGACUUGGAUUGGCCUCGUGCAUAGGUGUAGGCUGUGCUUGUCCUCCAAGGCUUAAGCAUUGCAGCGAGGUAUGCGUGUGUUCGUCGUUACUCACUUUCUCAUAGACAGCUGACUCGACGUCGUUUCGAAGCAUGUCGACUCAUAAUGCCUCAGCAGGGGACAUUCUCGGGCCUGGGGGGCCCCGGCUUCGGAAAUGCUCUACUCGUCCCCGGAGCCUGCCAAUUCCCAAGCCUAAGCCGACACUAAACAUUCCCCGCGCCGCAACAUGUCCCCUUCCAGAGCCUCGAAAACCGCCCAGGGCUGAAAGCAACGACUUCGGUGGCGGCCUGGGGUCUUUGCUUGAGAGCCCUACCUCUAUGUGUGCGGCCUCUCUGUCCAGUUCAUCGUUAGUCUCACAAAAUCCACUACCGCCUCAAGACGACACGAUAUGCGACUUGGGGUCACUUUCCGUCCCUAUUCUGAACAGCGAAACUCCACUGAUCAAGAACUCUACUCUAUUGCAGGACGGCAAUAUCUCUGCAGAAUAUACGAACGUGGCUCUGCCUGGAACUGCAGGAAACUCCGCUCCUAAGCUAGAGGGUUCAGGGGCAUUAGAGAUCGAGCCAUUUGCGCCGCAGGACUGUUGCCAGCAGAAGUAUCAUCGUUCAAUCUCAUACCCAUCUAACGCUGAGCACUCGAAGAUCACUAUGAUACAGCCGGGUCAGGUCGACUUCGAACGCCCGGAACUAGAGAGGGGAUGGAAAGCGUACGAAUGCCCCGAAGGGAAGCUGCUUUUCUACGAUGCAGACCGCAGCCUAUUAACAAUGACAAAUCUCUACGAACCUACGAACAUUCGGCAUAUCAACAUCGCUGGGGACUUGUUACUAGAACAGCUUAGACUGAUGAAAAGUGCAGCACCAGACUCAGAAAUCGUCAUCUCGAAAGGUGACGGAGACAAGAUUCUUUAUUACGCCGCCAGCAUGUCGAAGCAGUGCAUUUUCUGGUUCGAAGAGGUCCCUGUGACUCUGGUGACAGACAGCGGAAGAGCCGUUGUGUCGCAGUCUCAUCUUGAGAAAGCCAUUCGUGCUCAGUUCUGGCAACACGUCGAAAUGUUUCCCAAUCAUCGCGGCUUGCCGGGAGCUGUCAUUCGGGAACUCAAAGACACGUUUAUGCACGGACUCUGUGACUAUAUCACCUCUCAGUCAUCAAUGUUCCCGUAUGAUUCCGGCACUAUCGAGCAGCUAUCCAAAUGCUUCUCAUCGAUGCAAGAAAACGUUAAUAACCCUCAUAACACUGCUGUGGCGGCUCGCCUCCUCAACACUAUCUAUAAAGAACGUUUUUUGCAGUUCUUCGGCGAACCAGGAGCCAGGCUAGAUCGAGAGGACAGUGCCCUCGACACUCCGAAACGACCUCGCAGCUUGGCAUUUAACAUAAUUUCCCCUUGGCUAUUCUUCAUGCCCUUCAUUUACUUGAAGGAGCUGGAGCGUACGUAUGUGGACAACUCUGUCCACUAUUUCUUCUGGCGCCAGUUCAUUUCCGGGCUCAAGAGGGACUGGGAGAACUCGAUCACACCAGCCACCGUUCUGCUCUCCGCCAACGUCGGAUUCCUGUCGAUCAACACGGUAGACGUCACGAAUACCCCGAACAAGUCUGCUGCACAGAUUAUGAGCUACAUUUCGUCGCUUCUGAGUCUAUUCAUCUACAUUGUCUCGCAAAUCUUGAGCCGACACCAUCGACAUCAUGCUUACGGACAGGCUGAUAAAGCAUUGGACUACAUCCUCAAGCGAGAAAAUCGCCUCAUCGGUCUGCAAGGCGUGGCUAUCGCGUUCAGCCUCCCCGUGGCUCUUUUUCUGUGGAGCAUGCUCACGUUCCUCAUGGCACUCAUGUUCGUAUUUUUCGAACGUACCGGCCUAUCGACAAAAUUGCCGAUGGCCACGGUCCUAGGCUUCUUGUUCGUGACUGUGCUCCUGCUCCUUUACUUCGAAGGGGAGGGUACUAUCUCAGAGCUAUCUCCAUUCGCAAAUUCACGAUCACUCCUGACGAAAACAGCCCGUGACAGCCUUUCAUCUUGCCGUCAGUGGUGGGCUCGUAUCUUCGGCCACUCGCCACCCGAUGAGAGCUUGAAGCUCUCCGAGUGGUCUAUAAGGCGAUAUUACAAGCAUAAACAUGCCAGCUCCUCCACCUUACCCGGACCAGGUAGCGCUUAGGGUUGUAUGAUCAUGAUACUAGACGGCAGCGGCAGGGUCGCAUGCUCAUUAAUUUCUACAUCGUGAUACCGGUACAUUUCUGCCUCAUAUCCGGAGUAUAUGUAUUGCCGACUAUAUAUCACGCUUUGCUCACUGUCGUCUGUCGCGACCUUCAAUUUACGUUGAAUUUGCAUGGGCAG